AUGACACAGCAUUAUUGGGGACCUCAGCGAUUGCGCAGAAUCCUGCAAUCUGGUGUAUUUCACCUUUACGUUGGUAAAAAGAAAAAGCAGAUCACAAUCCAUCGGGCUCUGGAAAAUGCAUUCCCAAAAAAGGUUCUUGAAUCAACGACGAUCGAGAGUGUUGAUGAAAAACUCUUUGGUCGUUGUUGCGAGUUUGUGUACUCCGGGGAUUACUCUGACCCUUGCCCCCUUCCAGGAUCCCCGGGAAGCAACAGCUCGCAGUCAGAAGACAAUGAAACACGUUGCCAGGAAGAGGCAAAGGGAUGGGAGCCUUCCAACCUUAGUUGGAAUGUCUUCCACCCAAAGGGCCUUUCGCUUAACUAUGGUAUCAUGCAAGCAGAACUUAGCCAUACUCCGCGGUCAGGAUCUGAAGGGAACCUUAGCAAUAACCCUAACACAAGCUAUGCAGCAGUGUUUCUGGGUCACGCUGACACCCAUCGUUUUGCAUUAAGAACAGACUGGUAUUCUCUUAGCGUCCUAUCUUUCUAUCGGCUGCUACGAUUGCUUGAGAACUUUACUCUCUUCGAAGAAAGAACGGGGGACAUCGUUCAGCUAUUGAUAUUUGUUUUUGAGGAAAGCGAGUCCAUAAAAAACCUGGAAAAUAUGCUGCGAGACUACAUUAUCUGGAAUGUGAAGAUUUUAAUGCGCAAUGCCGACUUCAAAAGAUUCCUCGACCGGAACUCGUCGUUGGAGCAAGCCGUUUUUCGAUCAAUGUGGAAUUAA